AUGAGCCGAUCAUUGAAAACUGGCGAUUUGGUUUUAUGCAAAGUUGGAUCUUUUCCACCAUGGCCAGCUGUCGUUUAUCCACAGUCGUUGCUCCGAUCUGAUGUGUACCGAAAGAAGAAACCAAAUUGCAUUGCAGUUUGCUUUUUCAACGAUCCUACCUACUACUGGGAACAACCGAACCGUUUGAGCAGACUGGAUCCGCACACGAUUGAUGAGUAUUUAACGCGAAAUAAUGGGCAUAGUUCGCAGUCUGAUUUAAAUGAGGCAUACCAACGCGCCAGUGACUAUACGGGGCUGCAGGAUUUUAUUGUUGAACGAUUCAAAGAAGAAGGCAGGGAAGAAGAUUUAGAGCAAGCUAUAGGUUUCGCAGAGAUCAAGAGUGGUGAAGAUCCGACUUUAGGAAAAUCUAAGAAAGACCCUGGAAAACGUAAAGUAUCUGGAGCUAGAGCAGAUUCAGAAUCAUCGUCGAUGAGUUCAAGUAACAAGAAUUUCGUUUCCAAUGGAUCACUCAAUAGCAAGAAGAUUAACCCUGAGAAUUUAGAAACAGAUUUGAGUGAUGACAGGGUCAAGCUUGGUAAAGGCAAUAGUAAAAGAACUCACAAAAGAAAUCACGCCAGCCAAAAAUCUAUCGAAAAAACGAACGAAAAGAGAACAAAACUCGACAGAUCGCGUAGAGUCGAAAUAUCGCUACUCUUUAGGAGAAGGAUACAAAAAAACUUAGUUCAGAGAGACGAACCACCCGUGGACGCUGAGAUUGAAGAAUCUCAUAACAUGCUGAACAAGAUAAAGCAGAAUUUGGGAAAUGAACCACCAUUCUUUGAUUCAGAGGCAUUGAGGGAAAGUAAAUUGCACAAGCUUUUCAAAGUGAUCGUCAAUGACUCGAACCUCGAACAAUUUCAUCCCGUGUGCAAGUCCGCUUUAAUACAGUGGAAGGAUAUCAUAACCGAACUCAAGUCUGAGAGACUAAAAGACGAGCAACAGGACGCCUAG